UGCUUUGUUGAUGUUCGAAAAAUAAGAGUAUCAUUUCAGUCCUUUGUUUUGGCUUCGCUUCGUUUUAAUUUAACCAGGUUCACGACAUGUAAAUCAGUUCCAAGAUAUUAAAUGAAUCUUUUUGAGUUGUAUAAUAAUGAAMAUUAUCUAAAAUACCUUUAGUCAAAAGCAAAAUAAGUUUGUAAGUUGGUCUCACGAAAAUAUUGCUGAACGAAGUGCACCGCAAGACCGCAGUCAAAUAUGGCUCAGGCAACUGAUUGGUCAGAGAUAAAUGACAAUGAUUCAAUCAGUAGAAAGACUCAAGAAACACUCACUAUAGAUGAACCAUUAAGCAGUGAAAAAACAAGCAACCAGCAUGAAAGUCCAGAAAAAUACCAAGAUAACAGUCAUGAUGCAUGUCAAGAGACCAUGGACAAUUUAGACAGCACAAAUGCUAGCAGUUUUACAUUAAUGGAAUUACCACCAGAACUGAUAUUAUUUACUUUCUCYUUCAUUGAAGCAAGAUUUGCAAUGACUGUUCUUUGUCAAGUUUGUAAAUUCUUUAAUCAGUUAUUAUCAUCUGAAGCAUCAUGGAAAACAAGGUUUGGUAAAAGAUGGCCAAAAAGAGACAGGAAAGAAGAUUAUGAUUAUGUUAUUAGUUGGAAAAGAAUUUGUGUAGAUCACGAGGACAUGGAUAGAUUCUGGCAAGAYCCUGAACAGAAUUUUGACUUCUUCCAGUUAAAGAAACAUUUUGCACCAGUUGAUGCUGCUAUUGUAAUGGCUGGAGGAAAGUUGUGUGUAUCUGGUUCCAGAGACAGAUCUGUUGGUGUGUGGGAUUUAUCUUUAUUGAAGGAUAAGGGAGAUGAAGACAGGGCUUUGGUCAAUCAUCUAGAUGGUCAUAAGGGUUGGGUGUGGUGCCUGGCCAGUGAUCCUACUGGUGCUUCAAGGGUUUGUUCUGGUUCUUGGGACAACAGUAUAAAGAUAUGGGAUCUGGAAAGUAGAAAUAUUGAAAUGACAACUAUCAGAGAACAUAAAGCUGCUGUACUAUGCAUCGAUUGGAAGCAUGAUGUUCUUAUAUCUGGUUGUUAUGACAAAUAUGUGAGAAUGUUUGACCUCAGAGACAGUCACAUUGUUUCGUCCUUAAAGUACCAUACCAAACCAGUACUGUGCUUAUCUGUUGAUGACAAGUACAUCAUCACAGGCAGCGAGGAUCAAACAUUAUGUAUAUAUGACCGUAGGGCUUCUAAAGUUUAUAAAGUGCUUCAGCUUCCAAGUCCAGCUUUUUCCAUUUGUAGAAGUAGCUCAUCAGGGUACAGUUACCUCCGAGCUGGUGGACGGAAUGGCUCCAUUCAUAUGUUUGAUACCACAGCAGAUUCAUUUGAAGCUUUGGAGACACCACUGAAUCCUGAGAAUCCUGGUGAAUUGACAGGGAAAAUUUGUGGUUUAUGCCAUCAUGGUGGGGCCAUCAUUGCAGCAUCCAGUGACCACUCUAUUAAGGUCCUUGAGCCAUCCAGGGUUCAGACAAAGAUGUAUUCUUUUGAAAUGCACACUGGGGAUGUUGCUUCGGUCCACAGUAAUUCUGGUAUUCUGGCAUCAGCAUCCAGUGACUUGACUGUUGGGAUAUGGAGGCCAAGAUCUUUACGGCCAUUUUAGUUUCAAUUGUUUUAUUUAACCUAAAGUUGUUUCAUCAUAUCAUAAUCUUUCCUUGUUCCCUUAGUCUAUUGUCCAUAUGAUUGUCCUAAUACUCCAGUUUCGAAUUCAAAGCGAAUAACCACUGUUUUAUUUGASAGCAGAUUAUUUUACGCAAAAAACUUACCAAACACAAAAGAAAGCACGAGAAAAUGUUGCUAGUACAAUAGCACUAACAAUUUACAUUUUCCCCGAGUUGAGGCUAACYCUGUAUUCCCAGAAGKCUCAURCCUUAGGUCUUAUGGGAAUACAGGGUUAGUCUCAGCUCGGAGAAAAUGCAAAUUUUAUUCUAUUGUAAUAACAACAUUUUCUCGUGCUCUCUUUUGUGUUUGGUCGGGUCUUUGCRCAAAUAAAGCAGCGAUUUUGCACUAUGAAUUUGGAACUGGAGUAUUACAGCAAAAUGCAUUUUUCAAUUGUUCUAGUUUUCUCAAAUAUUUUUGCAAAAUAUGGACAAUAAUACGGACAUAAAGGGUAAUAAUUAUCAUCCAACAUGUUUUGACAUAAUUAGGGCACAAACACUAGGACCAUGGUUAACUUUAGAAAUUGCUAUAUUGUACCAAAUUGUGGGAAUUCCUUUGUUUUCUGUUGUCUAAUCUACGUUACGUUUUCAUGGUUUUAGUGUUUACACMCCAUGCCAGCAUCAUUGUCAGUGUGAGUAAAUAAUAUUAAUAAAUUAAUAUUAAUAAAUAUUAAUUGUUUAAUGUACAUGCAAAUUCAUAUUAUGCUAGUAGGCAAUCUGCAGUGAUGCCAUUCUGUGCACAAAGUAUGAUGGAAAUUGUAGUCUUUAUAAAAUUUUUUUGUCUCCUAAAACAACCCUGCUCUUGCAUUUCCUUUCAGAUAAUCAAAGCAGUUGUGCUGUGAAAGAGGGAAAAUAAAAAUUUUUUUU